AGCUCAGUAGCUUUGCGUCUUCAGUAGUAUACUGGCGUUCGGUGGUGUGGGUUAUUUUGGUCGGUGUUGUGUGCGUGUGUGUGUGGAAGACAGCUGGUCCGUCCGGGAUUUCAUCGACAGCAAAAAAUUAUGUUAUAGCAAUAGUAUUUCUCUAGACAACGGAAAAUAUUACAUUAACAACGGACGUCAUUUGUGUUUGUAUUUCGAUGAAUCAUUCUUUGUUCGCAUAAAUUAUAGUUUUGCUAGUGACAUGUCUGUAGUGCAGUGCGUUUAUAUGUGACUUAAUUCAAUUGUAGAACUUCAUAGAGUUUGUUUGUUAUAUUCUGGUUAUGCUAUAUGGGUCUCUCUGCACCUAUUAGUUGCACCUGCAAAGCGGUAGAUAUUUUCGGUCCGCUGAAGAACAAGAUGAAAGUUCUAAAAAAGAUCAAACGUCGUAUGGGUUUAGUUCCACGAAGUUCUUCAGUAUCCUGUCCAGGCCCUAACAAUUUGACGCCACUUCUUUUCCACACCGUCCAUGGCGAGAAUAUUCGGAUAUCUCGCGACGGCACCUGCGCACGCAGAUGCGAAAGUUUCUGCAAGGGGAUAACCUUCUCGGCGCGUCCGGUGCGUAUCGGCGAACGCGUUUAUGUCAAAUUUUCCGAAAUAUCCGACAACUGGAGUGGCGUUAUACGAUUUGGAUUCACUUCUAAUGACCCAUCAUCUCUGAAGCAUGCUUUGCCUAAGUAUGCAUGUCCAGAUCUCACCAACAAACCAGGCUAUUGGGCGAAAGCUUUAGCUGAACGGUUUUGUGAGAAAAAUAAUGUCUUAUUUUAUUAUGUGAAUGCCACCGGAGAUGUACACUUUGGGGUCAACGGUGAUGAGAAGGGAAUCUUUUUUAGCGGUGUAGAGACUAGAUCGCCAUUAUGGACGCUAAUAGAUGUAUACGGCAAUUGCACUGGUAUCGAGUUCUUAGACCCAAGGAUUCAAGUCGACACGUCCUAUGAAAGACCCUAUACGGAUUCUGAGUUCAGUGGUGUUAUUUCUUCUAUGCAGACAUUGACCGUACAUGAGGAACUUCCUGCACCGCGAUUUACACUUCCAGCUGCACCAUCACCAGCAUCGUCUAGUUCAAUGCCAUUCCACUGGGUUCGAGGCCGCAACGUUCGAUUUUCGGCUGAUCGCACAAUUGCAAGCCGUGUAGAGACCGAAUUUUCACAGGGAUAUGUUUUCACCGCGAGGCCAAUCCGCAUAGGGGAAAAACUAAUUGUUCAUGUUAUGAGUACUGAGCCUAUGUUUGUUGGUGCUCUAGCUCUUGGGCUUACGUCAUGCGAUCCUGCUACGUUGACUCAGUCAGAUUUACCUGAUGAUUCUGACAUGCUGUUGGAUAGGCCAGAGUAUUGGGUUGUGACGAAAACAGCUGGAAAUCCUGAACGAGACGAUCGCAUAUCGUUUUGUGUUACUGCUACAGGCGAAGUACAUAUGAGUAAGAAUGAUGGUCCUAGAACUGUUGUAAUGCAUGUGGAUCAGAGCCUGCAGUUAUGGGCGUUUCUAGAUAUUUAUGGCUCUACUCAAAGCGUUCGAAUGACCAGCGAUAUUUCUCCUCCCAUCGUACAACCCCCGUCGCAGCGACUGCACGUUUGUCUUUCUGCAUCUAAUGUGGGAUCGGAAUCGAUGAAUAAUUUUAAUUCGCAAGCAGAACAGCGACAAAGGAGACUAGUAGCAUCAUCAGGGAGAUUUAUUCAAAUGCCUUCCACAACUGAUAUGAUGCAAGUUCAAUCCGUGACGAAUGGUGGUGCCUAUCUUGUUGUCAAUUUACCUCCUCCGCAUGCUAGCUUGUUGUCUUCGAGUAGUAAUCAUCAUAACAAUGUUGGAUCAAGUGGGAAACUAGUAUCGAAUUACAAUAAUUCAUAUCCUGAGGCUGUUUCCUCAUCAUGCUCUGCGAUAGACAACAAUGGACCAUUUCCUGGCGAAGAAUGCACAAUAUGUUAUGAAAAUCCAAUAGAUUGUGUGUUAUACAUGUGCGGUCACAUGUGCAUGUGCUACGAGUGUGCAAUACAACAGUGGAGAGGUAAAGGUGGCGGGCAUUGUCCUUUAUGUCGUGCCGUAAUAAGAGAUGUCAUAAGAACUUAUAAGUCAUGCUAGCAGAAAUGAAUGUAGUUAUGUAUUUCAAUUACAAAAACAUACACAUUAGAAG